AAUUCUUAGGAAAAAACACUCUUAAAAUGGCAUACUCAUACUGCAAGGUUUUUGGCAAGGAUAAGGUCAUAUUUGCAACCAAAGAGGACCAUUCUACACCCAGCACAAUCGAAUUGCCUGCACCGGAACCGCCGCAAAGUCUAAUCACGCGAGACGGUGAAAUAAAUUGGAGCUGUCCGUGCCUGGGGGGAAUGGCCACGGGACCAUGCGGUGUGGAGUUCCGUGAAGCGUUUUCGUGUUUUCACUACAGCGAGGCAGAUCCAAAGGGCUCUGAUUGUUAUGAGGCCUUCCGCACUAUGCAAGACUGUUUCCAGCAGUAUCCGACAGUUUACAACAAAUCUGGUGGCGAUGAUGAUGAGGAUGAUGCGCUUGGCGAGGUCAUGAACGCUGAUAGUGAGAGAAACGGGGUUAAGGAUAUUGACGAGCUAUCAGGCGGCGCCGGGGCAGCAGCCGCUGCAGCUGCUGGUCAAAUCACCCCGCAGACCAGUUCAGCAGUGUCUAAGCAGGAAUAGACAGUCGAAAAUGAAAACAACAAAGUACAAUCUAGUUUGUAAACUUUGUGGGAUUUGUUGAAUUCAAAUAUUUCGCAACUUACAAAUACAAAAAAUAUUUCUAUUAAGCCCUA